UUGGCUAGUAUAAAUAUCAGUUGUUCAGAGACGAUCUGUAGUUUGAAUAAAGUUUUCACACAAAAUGUUGUUCAUAAUAAAACCCUACUUCGUCGCUGCAUAUUUGAUUGUUGCUCUUAAUCAAUUUUGUUCGAGUUCCGCUCCACUUAUUCCUGAUGUCAGUAAAUUGUUUCAUCCUCCUUCUUACUAUGCGAUACAUACUGAAAGUAUGGUUAAUGACUUUCAUUCAUUUAAAUCAGCAAUUAUUGGCGUGAAUCAAUCGCUGGCUAAAGUAAUUGAGGACGAAUAUGCAUUUGAAAUUUCUUGCUUGCUCAAGAAUACUUUAACUGAAUUUGAGAUUUGGGUAGACAACGUUGUGUUGCUUAACGAAUCAAAUCAAAAUUAUACGAUUGAAAUUGUAAAAGCCGAUAAAAAAUUUAUGAAUGAUCAUAAUAAGGUGAUAAAAAAAUUUAACCGUGAUCAAAUCAUCAAAUUGGAAAAAAUUCUUCAGGGACAUGCACAUGUCGCAUUCAAACAACGCGAAGAUUUGGAACAUAUUACCAAACUAUUGUAUGUUGAAAUGGUUCAUCGUAAAGUUUAUGUACAUCAAAUAGAGGACUUUUUCAAAACCUUUUCGUUUCGAUCGUUGUCGAAAUCUAGUUCGAAAUCGUCGUAUUUUACGCAAUCAUCAUCUUAUUCUCGAUCAUCAUCUUUUGCAUCAUCUUCUGCAUUAUCCAAUUCGCGAUCUUCGUCUGGUGCUCGAGUUCCAUCUACCCCGCCAUCUCCAACAUCACCACCAUCUCCAUUGAAACAAUUGUUAGAAAAUGUAAAGCUAGCAUUUUCACAUGAUACGGAGAGAAUGAAAGAAAUAUCGCGUGAUAUAAAUGAAUGUGUUAAAGUGAAAGGUAAAAAUUAUGCUGAGGAAUUGAAUGUAUUGCUACAGAAACAUUGAAAUUACAAUAAGGACAUGAGCUUGAUAUGGAUAAUUUUGUAUUUUUGAACAAUUGUUUUGAACAUAGUUCAGUGUGUACUUAAUAUUAUUUUGUCAUUGUAAUAAUUUAUUAUUGACGUCAAUAUAGCCAUAUGUGCGUCAAUUCGAAACAAACCCCGAGAAUUUCGACAAGUGAAUUAUUUUACGAUGUAUGUUUAAAUUAUGUGAAUAAAUUAUUACAUUUUUUUUCAUAUAUUGCAAA